UACUAGACUUCAAGUACUUCCAGAGGUCCAUCACACAUGACGAGGACCGAGGAGUCAUCGUUGGGUAGACAGACGAGCUGAAAUUGGCUAGAACGGAUCUGUUUAAAGUCGGUUAUGUUGAAAUGGAUGCUGGAGAUGAACGGAACUAGUUUGUUAGCAUCAUCCAACUGCUAGUUUCAUCUGCUGAACAUCUUCAACCAAAGUCCUGUGGACCUGCUGGACCUCCAGGCAGCGACCCUUUUACAACACCAAUGACGCCUGUUUAUACCACUGGUCUACCUUCAGACAGUGUCUAUCCUGCACCCCCGUAUGGACAACCGUCUCUACCACCAGGUUAUGUGCCCCCUCAGGGACCUGCAACGAUGCCGCCACCUCCUUCAGGUUACGUGCCACCUCAGGCACCUGUGGUGAUGCCCGUCCCUCAGAGACCACCCGGCUGCCCUCCGGGACUGGAGUACUUAACUCAGAUUGACCAGCUCCUUGUCCAUCAGAAAAUGGAACUAAUAGAAGCUAUUUUCGGUUGGGAGACCAACAACCAAUACAUAGUCAAAAAUAGCGUAGGACAGCAAGUGUUCCUUGCUGCUGAGCAGACCGACUUUUGCACGAGGAUGGUCUGUGGGUCCAUGCGCUCUUUCGUCCUCCAUCUCCAGGACAACAUGGGACGGGAAGUGCUCACUCUCACACGCCCAUUGAAAUGCAGCAGCUGCUGCUUUCCAUGCUGCCUGCAAGAGCUUGAGGUUCAGGCUCCUCCUGGCAGCCCUGUUGGAUAUGUGAUGCAGAACUGGCACCCUUAUCUGCCCAAGUUCACCAUUAAGAAUGAAAGAAGAGAAGCAGUGCUGAAGAUAGUGGGACCUUUCUGUGACUGUAACUGCUGUUCUGAUGUGAAUUUUGAGGUGAUGUCCCUGGAUGAAGCCUCAGUAGUUGGCAGGAUAAGCAAACAGUGGACAGGCAUGGAGGCGGAGAUGUUAACAGACGCAGAUAAUUUUGGCGUGCGGUUUCCCAUGGACCUGGAUGUCAAAGUCAAGGCUGUUAUAUUAGGCGCCUGUUUCCUCAUUGAUUUUAUGUACUUUGAAAGUUCACCAAAGCAAGAUUCACAUCAUUAUUAAACAUUUGUCCAUUUUAUAAUAGUUAUAUGUGCACCUGCAGGGCUUUUUGACUCAUGAAC